AUGCAAUAUUUGAAGAUAUUAUUGCUGCUUUUGAUUCUUGUUACGUUUGUUGAGCCUAUGGUUCUUAAAAAACGCAUGAUUCGCACACCCAAACGUGAAUAUGUUCCAAGAAAUGAUAAUACACGGAUCAGAUUCGGAAAAAGACAAGCUGACUGUAAGCCUAAGAGCUCAUCCAAGACUGUUUCAUCGACUUCUUCAGAUUGGAGCAAUCAAUUCACCGAAAAUCCGAGUUAUGAAACAACUACAUGA